AGUGCAGGAGUAGCAAAGAACCUGUUUUCGCGCGGCUUGUGUCAGUGGAAGGUAGCGCCAGUGGGUGCACACAAGGAACGCUAUGUUUGGGCGAACAGAAGGAAGGCUCUGUUGUCGGUGAGCGAUAGCAUGCGCAGAACAAAGAGACAAGCAGAACGGGACACGGAAACCGUGUGCCCCGAUGUCUACGUCAUCCGUUCCCGCCGUCCGAGCCACUUGCGACACGUGGCACGACAUGAUGAUAAUGAUGACGACGGUGAUGAUCACGAUGAUGGUGACGAUUACGGUGGUGAUGUUGAUCUGGACGACGAUGUCGCUGAUGAUGACAACGAUGUUGAUGAUGAUGAUGUUGAUGAUGAUGUUGGUGAUGAUGAUGAUGGUGAUGAUGACGAUGAUGAUGAUGACGAUGAUGACGGCGAUGACGACGAUGUUGAUGAUGACGAUGACAACAAAGAUGACGAUGGUGGUGAUUUUGAUGACGGCGACGAUGUCGCUGAUGAUGAUGAUGUUGUUGAUGACGUUGAUGAUGUUGAUGAUGAUGUUGAUGAUGAUGACGAUGUUGAUGACAUUGAUGAUGUUGAUGAUGAUAUUGUUGAUGAUGAUGAUAAUGUUGAUGAAGAUGAUGAUGAUCACGAUGACAAUGAUGGUGAUGAUGAUGACGAUGAUGAUGGUGGCGACGAUGAUGGUGAUGAUGGAGGCGAUGAUGACGAUGAUGAUGACAAGCAAGAAUCAUGGGGCCGCUCGCGAGGAAAGAAUGAGCGGGAAUCAGAAGCCUCAGAAGGGGACACAGAAACCAUGUGGCCCAAUGUCACCGACAUUCUUGCCCUCCGUUGCGUGAUGGAGGGGACCUUCUCGACACCACGGGUCUUCGAGUCGAUCUUCUCGACACCACAGGAAAUGAGUGCCGAGACGCACAUUCGCUUAGCAGAACCUUUUCGUCCUUGUGCGAAAUCCGUGCGGCAUUUCAAUGGUGUGACAAUGAUCCACAGAGCGACCGCAGAGGACUUCGACGAGGACCCAUGGAUGACCGUCGUCCCGUGCAUGGACGCGCAUCUUGACGACUGGGGCGAGGGCGAUUGGGACAAUAUGGAGAACAAUAUGUCUUCGUCCAAGGGCGAAGGGGAGCCUGCAGCGACCUCCGGGAUGGGAUCUGGGAAAGAUUCUACAAAACGGUCGUCUACGACCUCGAGGACGUGGUCCGACCACGCUAGGUCGAAAUGGUUCGUCGACUGGUGCUGUAGGGAUGCAUCAAACCCAGUGCAACAGCCGUGUGGUCCUGUGAUCUUCGUCGAAGCCAACAAGCGGCGUAGGGUGCUGGGGGCUGUCUUGCGGUGGGAGAAUGCGAAAGGCAAUCGUCGACGGUUCUACAUGAAAAAUGUCUACGGUGCGAAGGGGAAUAUUGUCGCCGGUGCCAAGGGGGCGAUUCUGGACAUGUGUCUGUUCGAGGGUUUCGGAGCGGGUGUUGCGAACACCCCGUUCUGCAACAACCUCCGGCGGCACGGCGGGUUUGUUUUGGGUCGGGAGUUGUUUGACUUGUUGGAGGGCAAGGACAUCGCCCUCGACAUCCCUUGCGAAGUCAGCCCCGACUUGGAACUGUCAAUGCCUUUGCAGCCGUGCGGCGGUUGUGAGUCGAGCGGGGCAGCGAGGGAGGGGGGGGAUCUGGGUUCCGGGGAGGCUACACAUGUGCAGCGGGAGGAUGCCAGAGGUCAGUUUGACGACAACGAAGAUGAGGCGACACCACGUCCGCCGUUUUUGCCGUCGAGGGAAAGAGACAUGUCCGUGCUGUCCAUACCCGGGGUCCGGCAACAGACCGCAGCGGAUCCCGGAGAAGAGGGAUUCCUGUGUGGGUCUGACUUGGAGCCCGCCGAGGGCCAUGGCGCGGAAGGCGAGGCCGUGGGCGGGGAGGGAGCGCAGGGCACUCCCCAAAAAAGGAGGGGAGAAUGUCAAGAAGAGUUGGUGGGCUCUUCGAAGAAACAGAAGACCAAGACCCCGAGGACUGCGGGAGAGAAAUGGAAGGGGAGGGGGGUGGAAGAGGGCCACCCGGGUAGCAAACGUCCAGCUUCGAAACAUAAACAACCUGAGUCGGGACCUUCUACACCAUGGCCUGCCAUCGACGUGGACGCCGGGUACUUCCUGGAGUACAGGACAAGGCGGGAGUUUGAGAUCAGCCCGGCUCAGAUCGUCGACAUAAGGGAGUGGGAGGAUCUUUACAACCAGUGGUCGCUAGAUCCGGUCCUCGUGGAAACGAUAAGGGAAGCAAUGUGGUCUGCGUUCGAAAAUAAAGAACAGACGUACGAGUUGCCGGUCUUCAAGCUCGCACCACUGAGGCUUCAAAAACCAACUCAUGGGAUCAAGGCACAACGUCAAAAGCCGGAGGAGUGGAAGGAUGAGCUGGCGGGAGAAUACUACUACUACUCGGUGUGCGCGCAGCACAACGCAGCUGCAGCUUGGUCGCUGCUCGGCAGCGAGGUGGCCAAGAAACUGAAGAGCCGGGAAGUCGCACUUGCCGAAGGCGUCAUUCACAUUAAAUGGAAAGACACGGGGGACGUGACAUCCAUCGCGCCGUUCGCCAACGACCCUUUAGAGGCGGACAUCAGGGGCGCAAAGCUGAAGGAGGCAGUGACUGCCACAAAGAGCCACACGUUCGUCCUCGAUCUGUGCGAGCUGGUUGACCUUAAACUGUGGAAGCCCCAAGCGUGGGAGACUUUGAAUUCCUAUCUUCAGACGUGGUGUCCCUCGCAUUGGACUCUCGUUGUUUUCGUGCCGCGGCAGCACAACCUGUCAUUUCUCGCCAGCAUGCACCAUCUUUCUUUCGUCAAGCUGUUGGAAGGGAAGUGGGUGCGGAGAGUGCAGCAAAAAAAAAGCUUCCCCGUUGGGAACAAUUUGUACACGGAGGAAGACUGCAUGUAUAUCCUCUUCAAGGAAGACGAUCUGCGCGUCAACACGUCCGUGGUCUACGAGGGAAACCUGCCCAGGGGUGCCGCUGUUGCGGUGCGAUUGCCUCAGAGGGUCACCCAGACGGAUGUGUCCAAGAUUCCUUUCACGCCUUGCGACUGGUCGCUGGUGGCGCCUGAACGACAGGGCAACGUCUACGGGGAUAUGGAACGCAAUCCGACACAAUUCGUCGGUCUUCUUGAUUUUCUUGGCAAGAAGGGGGAGGUUGUCGUGUUUCUUGAGAAACCGCACGCGCAAAGCGUCUGGGAGCUUCUGAAGGCCGGCCGGCACGUUGUCGCAAUGGAAGGGAACUCCGACCUCUUGCAAUUCACGAUGCAGGUGGUGAAAAGCGAGGUCAAUUCGGGUGGGCACAAUUGUGAGUUCAUAGUCGUGAGGCCAACACGGGAUAAGGUGUGGAGCAACAAGACGGAUAUGUGUUUCAAGUUGAGCGAGAGGAAGAGGAACAAGAUAUACGAUUUCUUGUUCCUUCAAACGCGUCCGAGGAGGGACACUGACGGUGAGUACAUCAGCCGGAAGGAACACGUGUUGGCACUGCUCGACAACUACCACUUCGCCUCCCGCAUGAACGCGAAGACGUUUAUCGAAAGACUGCAGUCGCUGUACUUCGUGGAGUCCGAGGAGCAGUUGAAGUUAGCCUGUUACACUUCCCUGAUCUCCACUGACGACGAGGAAGCCAUAGGUGUAGAGUUUGUCGCCAACACAAAGGAGGAGGAGAGCGACACGGAGAGCAUCGACCUGCAGUACGACCCGCCUCCGGCGGACCACGGCCGAGGGUCCUCGUCGACCGGUCCAUCACCAAGCGCUGCAGCCCUCGUGUCACCCUUGGCCAAACCGGCGCCGGGCACCACGCCGAUGUAGGGAGGCAGCGCCGGGGUGGCGGGUUUCGCCGUCGAUCGGACUCCGUCGACAGGCACCCGACCCGAGCAUACGACACACUCCGCCGACCCCCCGACUUUGUCCGUGGGCUCAGCGAGGGACACGUUGGCAGCCUUGGUUGCUUUAGGCAGUCGCUCGGCCGAAAAGCCGGAGUCCGCCGGGAUCCGAACUACGUCGGGUGAGGAGCCGCCAGAGCGGUCCGGAAUGCGAAGCUGCUCGGGGUCGGGGGAUCCAAGCAAGGAUCGAGAAAUUCGCAGCAUUGCGGUGCGGGACGGAGACGUUGGAAAGGUGUCGCCUGAGCGGGAGCGACGGCUGCAAGGAUUGCAGUGGGAGGCUGCAAGUGCAGGGUCCGGCGACACGGAGACCACGAAGUCUGCCGAGAUCCGAACUUCUUCGGGCGGGGUUUGUCGGCCAGGGAUUGUCGUGCCGUUGAGAGGGGCAGCGUGCACGGGGACGGAAGGGCGGUCCUCGAGAUUCAGCACGGGUACCACGGAAGGGGACGAGUUUCGUGGGAGGGAAGUAGGGGAGAAAAUGGAGGAACAGAAGGGAGCGGAGGGUGUCGGGUCUGGAGAAAACGAAGUGGAACACAGUGAGGACGAUGCCGGAUCUGGAGAGUCGUCUGACGAGUUCGGACAACUGUACGGAGAGCAUCACGAGGAUGAUGUCGACGACGAUGCCACGACAAUAGAGAUGGAGACACAAGUGAUCAGCAGCCUUUUCGCAGAGCCUGAAGAUUAUGCGGUCCGGCCACUGACGUCUGCUGUCGACUUGCAACAGCGGUUCGACGAGGCUUCCGUCGCUAUCAGCCCAUCUGAAAAAAGUCGACGUAUAACCAUCGACGAAGUUAUCGACGGUAUCCUAGGCGACCACAACGUGUCUGCCCGUCCGUCCGCAACUGCCAACAUCGCAUCUCCCGUGGCAGCUGCACUCGUUUCAUCGCCGCCGAAGUCUCUGGUGCUGCCGGCCACCCUUGCCGCCGAAGGGGAAGGCGAGUUCGGUGGAGGACAACAUGUGACGUCCCAAAAAAAAUCGAGGUUCGGCGGUCAAGCUCUCGACGUGCUCGCUUUGCCUGCGCCAAAUUCACCAUCGAAGGAGCGGAGAGAGAAACAGACUGGUAAGCCGUGAAGAACGCCUGCGCAUCCGGAUGUC